GCUCGGAGCGCUGUCCGCCCCGGCGGUGCUCGGGGUCAGCCGCUCGCACCACCUCAUCCGUGAGCCCAGGACAUGGAGCAGCUGCAGGGGCUGCUCUUACAGGUUUGAGGCUACCCGGAGAAAAUCUGAGGGUGCAAUAGCAAAGAACAGAAAGGUGUGUUUGUGAGGUGGGGAUGUGUUAGAAGACGAACAACAUAAAAGUGGGUUGAACUGACAGGAAAGGGCAAAAGCUUCUCCAUGGGCCGGAUUUCCACCGAAAGUCUUUCUUGCCUUAUACACGGUGGUACAGUGAUGAGGUAAAGCACGGUGGAAAAACUGUAUCAAUGACAGAAAAGAGAAACAGAGAAUAAAGGAAAAAAGUCUUUCAGAUUAAACUCAUAUCUUGGAAAAAGACUGCAAAGAUACAAAGUGUGAGUCUUUGACACAUCAUGGGAACCAAAUACUCUCAUGAAAACUAUGCAGUUGUGAAGUCGUCAAACCACAGAUAAUAUCACAGGAUAUUUGCUCCCCUAGGCUUGCUCCCUGAGCUGCUCUGCUCGUGCUCAUCUCUUUAGAUUGUCUAUGCAUGCACUUGUCAUAUCAGACAUCCUUGGAGACAGGACCUUGAGAGCUCAUGAAGACUUUCAGGGCCUUCUGUCACCUGAGGGCACACAGAGGCCUUUAAUACCCCAGCCAGAGCCAGCUGGGACCAGUUUCAGGCAUUCUACUUAAGCUCUGGCUGAGGAAUAUUUUAUCCUUGAGGUCAUGUGGAAUAACUCUGCUUUUGCUGCUCCUUGGCACUGGCUUGACUCAGUGGCUUUUUAGAUCUUUGUAGGACAGUUUGGUGAGCUACCUGCUUAUUAUUAUUUAAAUAAAGGUACCUGUGAAAAUGAGCAAAUAACUUCAUAUGGACUAUGGAGUAAUAUAAAAUUCAGGUGUGAAUUGGUUGGUGAACAACCAAGCCUGCUGCUCAGCCCAGAAACACGUUCUUGGGUUUUGUUCUCUAAACAAAUAAAGCAAAAUCACACACUCUUGAUCAAAUUGGAAAAAAAAUGGUGCUUGGGAGAUAAUCAAUAAAAAUGAAGAUGAUUGCCAGGCCAGUCAAUAAACACUGACUUUUACCUCCAGGCUGGUGCCAAUCCUGACCUCUUCCAAGUCUAAGCACUAUUUCCCUUCCCAGUUGCCUGUGAACAACCAAGAGACUGUAGAGUUUGAUGUCAGCCUAGCCCUACUGUGCCAGGAGGGCUGGGGCUCUUGUUCCAUCUGAACUGCUCUGGGACUGCUGGAAAAAUCUGUCACCUAUCUGCCAGAUCCCUUGGAGAGGAAAAUGCACUUGCUGGAUGAAGAAAACAUGAUCUGGAAAAAAGCCAGAAGACUAAAGAGGCUGGGGAGGAGACAGAUAUCCAACCCUGCCUUACUUGUAAGUAUGGAUCUGAAGAAAGGCAGAUAAGGUGUGCUGACAGAUGGGACAGCCCGAUGGCAAAUUGCCCAUCAGGUGAAGGAAAAGUUGCAGUUUCACUAACCUGGGAAGAAACUGGAGGCACUCUGCCCCCUGCAUGCCCAUUCUGGCUGGAAGUCCUUGCCUUCCUCAGCACAGCAGGGUGGCUGCACUCCUCCAAGCUGCAGGUGCCAAGCUCCACGUGCCCAUGGCUUGGCAAGGGUGAGACAGAGAUUCCCUCCCUUGGAAGGCACCUUAAAGAUCAUCCAGCUCCAGCCCCUGCCAUGGACAGGGACACAUCCCACUAACCAGGCUGAUCCAAGCCCCAUCCAGCCUGGCCUUGAACACUUCCCACAGAUGUAACAGAGCUGGGAGCAACUGCUAUUGUUCACUAGGAGUGGAGACAUACUGGAAAUUGAGAAAAUCCUGGGUCUGCGUUGUAUUUCCUGAUAAAUUCCAAUUUCCCUGCCACUAUGACGGAAAGCAAGCUGAGAUUUGAUGAAUGAAAUUGAGACUCACUGUGAAACAGAGCAACAGCUUUGAAGAGCUGCCAGAUUUCAGCAAAGGGAGCGGAGACAAGUCAAGCUUCAUCUUGAUGUUGCUGCGGGAGUCUCGGUAAAUGUCUAUCUGUCUGAUGAGCGUGAUGCAAAGGACAUUUUUGAAAAGGAGCCUUUUAACUCCGUAGACACGUAGGGACCCAUUCACGGGCAGGCACACACACGCGAGGAGGAGGAAGAAGAAGAAGCAACUUCACGAUCGCUGCUUUUAAAAGGGAGAAGCUUUUUCCCUGGCUGGGACUUGCCUUCUGCCUCCUCAACCAGCUGCUAAAAAGUAUGUUUCCGAGGCGGACUGCACUUCAGGGAACUUCUGUUUUCUGCUCGGCAGCUGUAGAGGAGCAGCAGCGAAGUUUGGAGUAACACCAAGUGAUGCGGGAAAAACACCCCGAGAGCAGAACACCCUCCUGCAGACACAACCCCUGCUGCUGCACACAGGUUGAUCAUGGUUGCCGUGACCCGCUCGCUCCUGGCGCUGCUGCUCUGCCAGGCGCUGCUGGGCGGCGCGGCCGGGCUCAUGCCAGAGGUGGGUCGGCGGCGCUUCAGCGAGCCGGGCCGCGCCGCCUCGGCCGCGCAGCGCCCCGAGGACCUGCUCAGCGAGUUCGAGCUGCGCCUGCUCCACAUGUUCGGGCUGAAGCGGCGGCCCAGCCCCGGCAAGGACGUCGUCAUCCCGCCCUACAUGCUGGACCUCUACCGCCUGCACGCGGGGCAGCAGCUGGGGCAGCCGGCGGCGCUGGGCUUCCCGCUGGAGCGGGCGGCCAGCCGCGCCAACACCGUCCGCAGCUUCCACCACGAAGAAGUUUUGGAAGAACUGCCAGAAACGAGUGGGAAAACAGCACGGCGUUUCUUCUUUAAUUUAACUUCCAUCCCUCAUGAGGAGUCUAUCACCUCAGCCGAACUCCAGAUUUUUCGGGAACAGGUGCACGGAGCCUUUGAGAACAACAGCAGCUACCAUCACCGUAUUAAUAUUUAUGAAAUUAUAAAGCCAGCCACAGCCACCUCUAAGGACCCUGUCACAAGACUUUUGGACACCAGGUUGGUGCAUCAUAAUGCAAGUAAAUGGGAAAGUUUUGAUGUAACGCCAGCUGUUUUGAGGUGGAUUGCACAUGGACAACCUAAUCAUGGGUUUGUGGUAGAGGUGGUUCACUUGGACAAAGAGAACAGUGCCUCCAAGAGGCACGUUAGGAUUAGCAGGUCUUUACAUCAGGAUGAAGAUAGCUGGUCUCAGCUCAGGCCAUUGUUAGUGACGUUUGGGCAUGAUGGCAAGGGACACCCGCUCCAUAAAAGAGAAAAGCGUCAAGCGAAACACAAACAGCGUAAACGCCACAAAUACAGUUGCAAAAGGCACCCGUUGUAUGUGGACUUCAAUGAUGUGGGGUGGAAUGACUGGAUUGUUGCCCCGCCAGGGUAUAGUGCCUUUUACUGCCAUGGGGAAUGUCCUUUUCCACUGGCAGAUCAUCUAAACUCAACAAACCAUGCCAUUGUUCAGACUUUGGUCAAUUCAGUGAAUUCCAAAAUCCCCAAGGCUUGCUGUGUGCCGACAGAACUGAGUGCUAUUUCCAUGCUCUACCUUGAUGAAAAUGAAAAAGUUGUAUUAAAGAACUAUCAAGAUAUGGUUGUGGAGGGUUGUGGGUGCCGCUAACACAGCAAAUAUAUUAGACAAAUGCAAAAAAAAAAAUAGCUGACACUUUAAUAUUUCCCAAUGAAGACUUUAUUUAUGUAAUGAAAUGGAAAGAAAAAAAAACACAACUAUUUUGAAAAUAUAUUUAUGUCUACGAAAAAGUUGGGAAAACAAAUAUUUUAAUCAGAGAAAUAUUCCUUUAAAGAUUUUAAAUGUAUUUUAGUUGUACAUUUUAUAUGGGUUUAACCCCAGCACAUGAAGUAUAAUGGUCAGAUUCUUAUUUUGUAUUUAUUUACUAUUAUAACCACUUUUUAGAAGAAUAGCUAAUUUGUAUUUAUAUGUAAUCAAAAAAGAAAAAAAUAUAGGGUUUGUACAUAAUUUUCCAAAAUUGUAGCUGUUUCAAUUGUGUGUAUUUAAGUUGAAAAGAAUACAUGGAAGGUUACUAUGGCAAAGUGCAUAGCACAUUUGCUUUCUGCUGUGCUACUGUUAAGGUCACAAGUUCAAGUCCAGAAAAAAGUGGAUAAUCCACUCUGCUGACUUUCAAGAUUAUAUUGUACAAUUCUCAGGAAUGCUGCAGGGUGGGCUGUCCAAUCCAUGAGAACUGGCAUCCUCUUUAGGUGGAACAUUUGGAUAAGAACCAGACGUUGCUGAUCUAGUAUAAAUACUGCUAUUCCCAACUAAUUUGCAGUGUGAAUAUAAGGGCCAAUAGAAAUCCUAUGGGAGGUGGGGGUGGGGGAAGACUGAAUCCUUUCUAGACCUACAGAAAAGUGAAUGUUUGAUGUUUCCUUUAAAAGUCCUUCCUUUAAAAGUCCUGGCCAAAUAUGAAAUAAUAAAAACUAAAAUGUCAUCUUUUUUUUGUGAUUAUCUAUGCUAAAGAGGAAUACUUACCUAAUUUGUACCGGCCCUUGUCUUUAACAGUUGGAAAAGCCUUGCAUACUUCCUCACCUCAGAUGAGAGCUCACUUCUGUGGAGUGUUACAAUGAAAUUAAUCUGCAAUUUUUGCCCUACAUGCAGCAAGCUGUUGUCAUAUGCAGCCUCCUCUCUAACCUCAGCUGAUGGUUUUGCUGUUUGGCAGAUUAGCCUCUCUUCAUUUCCAGGGUUUUUUGUUUGAAACCUUUUUUUUUUUUCCCAAAAUGUUUAAAUCUAUUUCGGAUAAUAAACCAUAGAAUUCUGAUA